CUGCAUGAAAGGCACUUCGAUGAAGCGCACUUCUUCCGCCUGUCGCCCUCACGCACGGCGCAGCAAAGCAACCCGACCGCGGCUUCUACUAUGGCGGAGUCUCGUCCCUCCCCCGCCUUGUCCGCGGUCGUCGUCAUCGGUCCCAGCGGCUCGGGGAAAACGUGAGGACCGUAGGGCGUCGCCUCGCGGAGCGGUUGGGUUGGGACUUCUACGACGCCGAUGACUUCCACUCGCGCGACAACCGAGGCAAGAUGGCUCGCGGCGUGCCCCUGUGUGACGCGGACCGCCUGCCGUGGCUGCUCUCCCUGCACGCGCUGCUGUGGCCCGCGCACUCGCACCCUCUCCCCCCUUCACAGCCCUGCUCCCUGGCACCCGCUGCACCACAGCAGACGGCCCUGAUGCUGCCGCCUGCACCGUGCUCCCCCCUGCCUCACUCCCCUCCCCCUCCCCCUCCACCUCCCUCUCCCUCCCGUCACCCCCCUUCACCUUCCCCUGGCCACGCGUCUCCGCCAUCUCACCCCCCCCUGGUUCUGGCGUGCUCUGCCCUCAAGCCAGAGUACCGCGACGUGCUGCGGUUUGGGGAGAUGCAAGGGGAGGCAGGGGGGCGGGGACGGGGAGGGGAAGAGGAAAUGGGGAGAGGGCAGGACACGCAAGGCUGUAAGGCACGUGAAGAGUGUGCGUGUGCAUUGAGGGGUGCAGGGCGUGCAGGGUGUGCAGGGUGUGCAGGGCGUGCAGGGCGUGCAGAGUGUGCAGAGUGUGGUGCACCGGAGAAUCUUUCUGACAUUGAUACCAAGACCAGCGAUGAGGCUUCCGCUGCACUCAACAACAGAGGGGGCCAGACCUGCGCGGGUACCACAAGCAGCAGCAGAUCAGACGCAUGCCAAAGCGGAGAAAUCAAUCAUGCAGGGGGCAGCAACCAUUGGAGGGGCAGCACCACGACAUCGCAGGCCGCACUGUGCUCUCCUUGCCUACUCUUCGUUCUGCUAGAGGUGCCGCAGCACAUGCUGGCAGACAGACUCUCCCAGCGGUAUUGUUCCGGUGCUCAUUUCAUGCCGCCUUCCCUGCUGCCGUCCCAGCUGGCCCUGCUGGCCGUGCGAGAGGAUGAAGGGGACAUGGUGAGGCUGCAUGCUGCUCGCACUGUUGAGUGUGUGGUGGAUGAUAUUCUGCAUCUACUGGUGCACAGAAUGCAUGGCUAGUGCAGCAUGCACUGGCAGUCUGGCAGACGGACUCACCCAGCAGUACCAUUCCGGUUGCUCACUUCAUGCCGCCCUUCCUGCUGCCCGCAGACAGACUCUAUAGAGAGGAUAUGAGGGUAAAUGGUGCUUGCACUGUAGAUUGUGUGGUGGAUG